UUGUACUCUACUUAGGUUUCCUUUCUUAAUCUGUUUUGGUUUACUUGGCCAUCAAGGAAAUGUACCUUCUAUAUAAAGAGAGAAACAAACAAAGAACGACUUCCUUACUUCCUUCCAGUCUCUCAUCAAGUUCGAAGCUAUUAUUUGAAGAACAAAGAACUAUUCCUUCCAAUCUCUCGUCAAGUUACAAUUUAAGAUUCUAGAGUUGAUUCAAGAUGGAGGUUGUUAAUGUGAGCAUGAAAGUGGCGACAGGAAAUGAGGAGGAGAUCAAAUUUUUUUCUGAGCUGGUAGACAAUCCUGAAGAAUUGUUACAAUGGAUACAAAAGCAACAAAAUGAGUUGGUUGAGAUUGAGGGUCAGAUGAAGAUGAGCAACAAGCCUCGUAUUAUUUUCAAGUUCUCUGCACCUAAAAGGGGAGCUGAUUCUGUGAUGCUGCCGGAAGACAAGAAGAGACCGAAGAAGAAACCAAAAUCAGAGAAGAAAAAGGUUAUUAAACGAGUACCGAAUCCACGGCCAGUUGCAACCAGGCAUGAACCAGUACCAGCAGCAGUAAUGCCUGGAGAACUUAUGAAUGCAAUUAGUGAGUGUGGUGGUAAAGAUGUGGUGUGGGUUAUAGAGAAAUUACUUGAGAGAACUGAUGUGAAUACGCAUCAUGCUCGUCUAUCUAUUCUAGAGAGUCGAGUGGCCGCGGAGGAGUUUCUAACAAGUGAAGAGAGGACCAAAGUUUCCAGAAAAAUUAAGAUACCAGUAAAAGUGUUGUUGUUGGUGACAGGAGGAGUGGAUAAUGAAGAAGGCCCCCAAAUCCAAUCAAGGGAGUUCAACUUCACAAAAUGGUAUAUGAACAACAGUGCAAUAUACGUAUUCAUCACAGAAUGGAAGUGGUUCUUGAUGAAGAACAUUAUAGAAGCAGGUGACAAAAUCCAAGUUUGGUCUUUCAGAAGAUCAGAUGAGAAUAAGCUUUGUUUUGCAAUUCAUGUUAUUCGACAGUAGGAUAUGUUUUUAAUGUUUUAUAGGAGAAGAAACUUGAGAUUCUCAAUACUAUUAUAUAUAAAUAAUGAACUUCAAAUAUUUGUUAAUGUAAGGUGAGGUUUUUUUCACUUCAAACA